AUGACCUCAAUCGCAUCUCUCAGCACCACCACCACCCUCCAAGACAACGGGCCCUACAGCCUCAACACCGGCCCUCACGCCCCGCGGCAGUUCCCGCCCGAGGUCAACCUCUACAGCGGCGGCACCUUCAGCCGGGCCUUCUACCUGGGGCCGCACCAGGAGCAGCCGCUCUACGCCGUCUCCACCCACAGCGGCUGGUCCGGCAAGGCCGACGUCGUCCUGCACGCCACGGCCGACGGCGCCGCCAAGAGCCCCGUCAUGGCCACCUACAAGGCCGACGCGCUCCACCUCCGGGCCGCGGUCGUCCUCCCCGGCGGCGACGAGCGCACCGUCAAGUACACGGGCCUCACGGCGCGCGGCCGCGCCUUUGAGGCCGCGACCGGCGGCGGCGGCAAGCGCGAGCAGUUCGAGUGGUCGACGGGCUGGGGCGGCGGCAGCGGCCGUGGCCUCGGCGCGAGCGACACGCAAGGGCGGCGCCUGGUGCGGGGCAGCACCGGCGAGACGGUGGCGACGAGCGCCCCGGCCGCCACGAGCGGGCGCAAGCAGUUCGCGAUUCAGUUUGUCGGCAGCGGCGCGUCCGGCGAGCUCGGCGAGGAGUUUGCCGUCCUGGCCGUCAUCUCGGCGCUCGGCAUGUGGGAUCAGUCGCGCAGGAGGAACCGCACCGGCCCCAUAGCCGGCGCUUUCUCUGGUGGUGGUGGCGUUGUUAAUUCUGCCAAUGCCGGAAUGUAG